UUUCAUGUGCACGUUGAAAUUCUACGGAGUGUUUUUUGUGUCGCGCUCCUCGUCUGAUUAGAUCAGAGUAUCGUUUUUAUCUUAACACAAUUUAACAUCACAUUAAGGCUUAUUUUCUACCUCAAUCACCUCAAGAUGGCAGGGAACUUCUGGCAGAGCUCACAUUAUCUGCAGUGGGUUCUGGACAAACAGGAUCUGAUGAAGGAGAGACAGAAAGAUCUCAAGUUCCUCACAGAAGAGGAAUAUUGGAAGCUACAGAUAUUUUUUGCCAAUGUGAUUCAAGCCUUGGGGGAACACUUGAAACUCAGGCAGCAGGUCAUCGCCACGGCAACUGUCUACUUUAAGCGUUUCUAUGCCAGGUACUCUCUGAAGAGCAUAGACCCUGUGCUGAUGGCCCCCACAUGUGUGUUUCUAGCCUCUAAAGUAGAGGAAUUUGGUGUUGUUUCGAACACACGCCUUAUUUCAGCAGCAACGUCUGUGUUGAAAACAAGGUUCUCUUAUGCCUUUCCAAAGGAGUUUCCCUUCAGAAUGAAUCACAUCUUGGAGUGUGAGUUCUACUUACUGGAGCUUAUGGACUGCUGUCUGAUCGUGUACCACCCGUACAGACCGUUACUGCAGUAUGUGCAGGACAUGGGUCAGGAGGACAUGCUGCUGCCGCUGGCUUGGAGGAUAGUGAACGACACCUACAGGACAGACCUGUGUCUGCUUUAUCCUCCAUUCAUGAUUGCACUGGCCUGCCUGCAUGUGGCGUGUGUGGUGCAGCAGAAAGAUGCCAGGCAGUGGUUCGCUGAGCUCUCUGUUGACAUGGACAAGAUCCUGGAGAUCAUCAGGGUGAUUCUGAAACUCUAUGACCAGUGGAAGAACUUUGAUGAUAGGAAGGAAAUGGCUACUGUGCUCAACAAGGUCCCCAAACCCAAACCCCCUCCUAACAGUGAGACUGACCAGAGCUCAAACGGGAGUCAAAACAGCUCGUACAGUCAGUCCUAGAGCGGCCCCUGCUGGAGGACAUGAGGCGGAGUGAUUCGGAGAAACAAACACAGCACAUCCUGGCACAUCUGAACGCUGCUUUUCACAAGCACAUCGUUUUAUGACCGUGGGGAAGCCGAUUCCUGGCACACACAUCCUCUCUUUCCUCUCUUCUGGGUUUUUCCUGCAAUCAGAGCAGAUAGAAUGAUGCCACCUCCUUCCUUCCUUCUUUCCUUCCUUCCACCAAUCAGAGCAGCCCGUGUCAGAACUGCUCACCAAUAGGAAAUCUGCUCUGAUGUAGUUUAUUGCCAAGCUUAAGGCUGUAGUCUUGAAUGUUACGGACACACACACAAACACACCUCAUUGGGCAUCUGCUUGAUUAAGAGGGGUGCUGUUUUCCCAGAUCUUGUUAGUCGAUGGUCCUGACUUCCUUGAAAAGUCCCAUGAAGCUUUCUUUCCGUGGACGCUCUUUGGGAACCAAGAAAACUUGAUUUUAUUUUUUUUUUCUGUCCGAGAGCGACGAAGAGAGAGUGUGUGUGUGUUUAAUCGCAAAUGUAUUUGUAUGCGUGCCUCUCGUUGACCAUAUCACAGUUUGUAUUCCUCAGGGAAACGGAUCAGUCCUCUCUACAAAUUGGCUGUCUGUAAACUGAUUGGCCACAGGGCUAUGUGACGGCGAUCUUUUGAACCCUCGUACUGUGUAAUCAAAUCCUGAUUGGAUGUUUGACGUGCGUGUGGAUGUGAGUUAGAAUGCACAAGUGACACAGAUAGUUGAGUUGAUCACUCAAACUGCAUUGUAAAUAUGCUUUCCAUAUACAGCUCUUGACUUUGUUAUUAUAAAGUUACUGUAUGAUUAUGCUAUAUGUGUACUUGCCAUAACCCAAAUGCUGUGUUUUGCUUUCAUUCUGUUAUGUUGAAUUGAUGUCUCUGUGGCUUCAGCACACUGAAGCAUCCAUCACGUUUAAUGGAGGACAAGCCAAUAUCUUGAGAGUUUUGGAAAUGUAUUGAAUAAUUGAGAUCUGCAUCUUGGGUGUGGUUAUCAAGUCCCUCACUUCCCAUCAUCUGCAUCUCCACCGAUGUCAUUAGUUUGAGGGACACGUAAUUAAUUGUGGAAGGACCUCAAAAGAUUUUACAGUACUUAAAUGUUUGGCUGUGUUUUGAAUGGCAUUUUUGUUUUUGGCUUCGUCUCUCACUGUGGUUCUUUGUUUAGCUGUGCUUCAGAAGCGGCGCCUCAUCUUUAGUGCGUGAACUUGCAUAAAUGGGGCACCUCUCUGUCAUGCAGAGUAUGUAUUAUUUACCUGUAAAUAUAUUUGAUGGUGUGAGAGUUGUGGAGGGUGAGAGGGCUUGGAGUGUUCUUACUUGUUUGUCUAUAAUGGAGCUCAGAAGCCUUAUUGAAUAAAGCUGCUGUUGAAAAUU